AUGAGUUAAGAAACUCUCAAUGGAAUCAAUGGCAUAUUGUCUGAUGUUUAAAGUUUUGGAUAAGAAAGUUAUAGAUUCAUUAGAAAAUGCACUAAACCAGAUAAAAGAGGUAUCCCUAAUUUUGAAUUUAGAAUAUAUAAAAAUUGCAACAUCAUGUGCUAUUGGAUUUGUAGUAAUGGGAGCUGUUGGAUACUUCAUCAAAUUGGUAUUCAUUCCAAUAAACAAUAUUAUUUUGAGUGCAAAUUGA